GAGCCAAUCCGCGCACCGGCUGCUGAUAGUCAGCUGAUGUGUCGGACUGUACCCAUCCCGCACGCAUUGUUUUGUUGCCGUUUCUCUGGACCAAAAGAGCUGCAUGCGCUGUAACAGUCAUAUAAAUAUAUUAUUCUGGGACACCUGUCUUCAGUAUUUAACAAUAUUGGCCUGGGCGUAAGUUAACUGAAAGAUGUCUCCACUGACUUCAACAGUCGCUGUCAAUCUGUUGACGUUUUCUUCGCUCGUUUGCUUUCUUCUGGUAUUAUCAGGACAACUCUCAGAAGCCAAGAAUUCAGAAGACAUCAGAUGUAAAUGUAUAUGUCCGCCCUACAAGGAAACUAAGGGACAGAUCUACAAUCAAAACGUAUCUCUGAAGGACUGUAAUUGCCUUCAUGUGGUGGAGCCAAUGCCUGUUGAUGGUAAAGAUGUGGAAGCAUACUGUUUACGCUGUGAAUGUAAAUAUGAAGAAAGAAGCUCUGGAACAAUAAAAGUCACCAUUAUUAUUUAUCUGUCCAUUCUGGGACUUCUACUGUUGUAUAUGGUCUAUCUGACAUUGUUGGAGCCAAUAUUGAAGAGAAGACUAUUUGGCCAUUCACAGCUCAUUCAGAGUGAUGAUGAUGUUGGAGACCAGCAGCCCUUCGCUAACGCCCAUGAUGUGCUUUCUCGCUCUCGCUCGCGUUCCAACAUGCUUAACAAAGUGGAGCAUGCUCAACAGCGUUGGAGGAGGCAGGUUCAAGAACAGCGCAAGUCUGUCUUUGACCGCCAUGUGGUGCUCAGCUAAAAGCACUUGCAGUCUGGACUGUCAUAAAUGUGCUGUGGUACUGUGCUCAAGGCCGAGUCGUCAUCAUAGUGUUGAAUACCCCCUAGUGCCCAUGUCUAAGAUUGUUUGUGUGUAUGUUUUUUUUUUUGUGUAGGUUUCUCGUUUUGAUCAAUAAGUGAGAGAAAACCUUUUUUAAUGUUUAUCUAAUGUCUUGCUUAUGAUUCAGUUGCUUCAAUUUGUGUUCUUGUGUGUUCUCAAAUUUUUGAAGUAAUGCACUCCGAAAUAAGCAAAAAAAAUGUUUACUCCUUAUGCAGUCCAGUCGCACUGAAAUUGAUGUGGGGAUAGAAGUGCCAAUUUCCUCAUGAAAUUAGGUGAUCGCAUAGGUUUUGUAAAUGUUUAACAUACAUUUAAGAAUUGUUAUUGAUCCAACACAUCAAUUUUCAGUUUAUUGUACAGUGUAAAAUCCCCUCUACCACUCUUCUUUCUUACUCUUCUCUUUCAUACCUUGCGGAUUACUGUCAGCGAAUAUAUGUGUAUAAUACUGUGGAUACAUACCGAAUUAAUUCUGUGGAUAAUAUAUAAUCUGUGGAUGUGUGUAGUCACAAUCGCCCAAUGAUGUGCUUUUUGACUACUAACUACAUGAACCAGUUAAAUUCUUUUCUAGCUUAUUGUAGAUUCAGGUUCAAGUUUCCUGAUCCUGUCUUGAUGAUGAGUGAUAUUUUUAUUUUAUGUAUGUCCUUCGAAGAUGGCAGAAUUAUAUUCUUUGUUAAUCAGUUAUUUAUAUUGAAAUGUUGCAGGUACGUGGUUAGAUCUGUUUUGACAUUCCAAUUUACAGAUUUGUUGAAUAUACGAACCUGAAGAUGUGAUUGUCAUGUUGCCAUUACUUUGCCAUUUCAACGCUAAAACUGAACCAAAAGUGUUUAAUCUUAAACAACAGGGGGCGCUGUUUAAAAUCUUUUUAUUUUUUCAUUAAGGUUAAAUAACAUUCCCCCCAACGUAAAAACGUAAGACUGUCUUCACCUCUUAUAUACGUUACUUAUAAUAACGAUCAGUAUGAUACAUGGAACUAAAAACUAAAUAAAACAAUGGGAAAGUCUUCGUCUAUAUGUAACAGACAUUUGUAAAUGAACGCGUUGAGCUAUUUAACAGAGAAGAUAGGCAUUUUAUUAUCUGAAAGUAUUUACAACAAUAAAAGAUUAAACGUUUAUACAGA